CUGUUCUGACGUCGCAAGCCCGCCACACUAGAGAGACAAUGUGGAAGCAUGGAGAUCAGUCAACUGUAACAUGUGACAACCGAGUAUAUCCCUCGAUCGGAGUAACUCAGGUCCGCUAGUCUCACAUCUCAAGGUGCCACUUGUAAAGCCCGGUUCACUUUCACGAUACCUACACGUCAAAGACUUUACGCCUCCACAAGCCAAUUGUCCUGCGAACCGCUUCACUCGCUCCCUGGGACCAUUACCAAGUUCAAGAUGGUCAGCGCCGAAAGAAAACUCACUUGGCUUGUGACAGGCUCAAGCAAUGGUAUCGGGCUGGCUCUGGUAAGGUACAUCUUGACCACCGGGGACAAUGUCAUUGCGACGUCUCGAAAUCCAAGCAAGACCCCCGAACUGGUCAAAGAGAUCGAAUCGCACCCCAACGGCAAAUGGAUUGCACUGGACAUCUCCUGGUCUCAGGAAAACAUCACCGAAGCUAUUGGGUUAGCCGAUGCAUGGUUUGAAGGUGGGAUUACCGCCAUCGUUAACAAUGCCGCAUUCGCCGUUGCGGGAGCCAUCGAAGACAUCCCCGAGGAGGAUGCAAAAGCCGAAUUCGAGACGAAUGUAUGGGGCACACUGCGUGUUUGCAAAGCCAUACUGCCCAGGAUGCGCCAGAGGGGCAGUGGUACUAUCGUGCAGAUAAGCAGCGUUCUGGGCCUUGCCGUCUUCCCAGCCCUCGGCAUGUAUUCCGCGUCCAAGUUCGCCCUCGAAGCUCUCUCAGAGGCGCUUUCACACGAGACGGGCUCGUUUGGAAUUCGCACACUGAUAGUAAACCUCGGUACCUUCCAGACAAACUUUCUCGCUCCGGGUGCCAUGCCAGUCGUCGAGCCUUCAGAGCCGUACAAAGCCCCACACGUCGUCGCCACGACUAUUCAAUCCGAGAAAAGCAAACACGGAAAGCAAUUGGGAGAUCCUGAAAAGGCGGCGAAGAUUAUACAUGACGCCGUGAGUGGCAACGACCCAAAUUUGGCAAACGUCCUGAGAUUGCCAUUGGGCGUCGAUGGUUGGGAGGCCGCGACGGCUCACAUGGACCAAGUGCGGAGCGAUUUCAAUACCUGUAAAGACGUUGCCUAUAGUACAAACUAUCAUGUACCAAGGCGUGCCUCUCGUAGUGCCCGGGUAGGGUUCAGCGAACAGUUGUUCUGACAGCCUUGGCAUAGUAAAUAAUUUGUUGCAAGUGUCCUUAAUGUGGCACUAACAAUGCCCUUGUUGCUGAACAGAAUUGCCUUUGCGCUGUCUGCUCUCAUGUAGCCACUUGUCUAGGUUCUUGUCGCUAGUCCUCUUGACCAAAUUUGGGACCUUAUCCUUGACAGCGUUACAAGUAGAGAGUUAGCCAUAUCGUCCACAUUAGUGAGCUAGAGCGGGUAUCCUCGCUCCUCUGGCUUUAAACAUACUAGACAAUUACCAGCUCUUCUGUACUUGUCAGUUUAUUGAGUAGAGCGUGCAAUCGCGUCGAGAAGAGCUGCCGGAAAGUCGGUCACUAAGUGUCCUUUAAAGCACUCUGUAGAUAGCUGAAGCGCGUCGCUGGGAGAGUGUCGUGUCUUCUUUGAUAGCUUAGAUAGCACACUAUAUAUCUGCUCCAUCUAAGGGCUU